UUCCUCUUUUCGAGGGUUUCCUGUCCGUGCUGUCGCUUGGCUCCGUCCCCAGCACCCGGCCCCUCCCGCAGGGACCCCAGCGCCCGGCAGACACCUUCGCACCCCAGCACCAUGGGACCUCCGGGCCCCCCACCCCUCCAUGCCCUACUAGGCUUGGCCUGGGCACUGCUGGGUCCUGUUAACGCACAGAGAGAUUGCACUGGCUGCCCCCAGCUGAGCGGGGGGCUGAUCGCGGGGCUGAUCAUUGGGGACCUGCUGCUGACGCUGCUCAUCGCUCUGGCUGUCUACUGCCUGGCUGGCAAGAUCCACCGCCAUCGGGGGAGCGCACAGGGGGAGGUCAAGAAGCCCCCCGCCCCUGAGACGGAGUCGCCGUACCAGGAGCUCCAGGGUCAGAGAUUGGAUAUUUACAGUGACCUGAAGAAGUCGGGUGCCAAUUAUUAAUGCCCUGUCUCCGUCCCACGCCCGCUCUGCACCCAAACAGCUGGUGCCAGGGUGUCAAAUCCAUGCAGCCUUCGUUGUUUAGCUCCGUGCCACCCGCUCUGAGCACCAUUCCAUACAAACAUGCAGCCCCCCUAAAUCUGCAGCGUUGAUCCCACCUCGCAUAGGUGCCGACUCCGUGGGUGCUCCGGGGCUGGAGCACCAACAGGGAAAAAUUGGUGGAUGCUCUGCACCCACCGGCAGCUCCCCAACCCGCCUCCGCCUCCUGCCCUGAGCACGUUGCCACGUCCUUCUUCUCCCCCCUCCCUCCCAGUGCUUGUGCCGCACAACAGCUGUUUCGCCCGGCAAGUGCUAGGAGGGAGGAGGAGGAAUGCGCCACGCUCGGGGAAGAGGCGGAGCCAUGGCGAGAAUUUGGGGAGGGGUCCAAUAGGGGCAGGAAGGGGGCGGAGUUGGGGUAGGGCCAGGGCAGGGUGGGGGCCGCAAGCUCCCAUGGGCGCCAAGGAAAGUUCUUUUCAGAGAUGCAUCUCCUCUCUGCUGGACUCAUUUAAUCUCCAGUUGAAGUGUCCUGCUUGUGUCCGGGUGAGGGGGUCACAAAGACCCUGACCCUGGUCCCUGGUUGUGGGUUUUCGAUCUAAACAAAGUUUUUGGACUGGGAAUUUCCUUCCUUGCUGGGUUUUCUCCUCGAUGUUAUUGGUACAAUUUCAGCUUUAACGACGUCUUUCCCCAGGGAAUUUUCUUAGUCGUUUUUCCUUCACCGACGUUAUUGGUACAAUUUCAACGUUAGCAACAGGUUUUUUGCUUGGAAAUUUCCUGACUUGCUUUUUUUCCAUUAAAGUUCUUGGGCUGAUGUUAACAAAGUUUUUUGGCUGGAAAUUUCCAAAGUUGCUUUUUCACAAUUCUUUGUCCUGUUUCUAUUUAAAUGAAUUUUUUAGCUCGUGAAUGAUCAUAGUUUUUUCUCCAUUCCAUUCCUGUUGCUAUCACUGGCCCUAGGUCAGUGUUAAAAGUUUUUUGACUGGUUAAAGCUUGGUUGCCGUUUUUUCCUGGUUAAAGCUAUUGGGCCAAUUUCCACAUUAAGAAAGUUUUUUCAGCCAGGAAUUUCUCAAAUUUGUUGUUUCUGUUCGUGUUGAAGUGCUUGGUACAAUUUCAAGUUUAAUAAAGCUGAUUUGCUGAGA